GGGAGGGGGAGGAGCGGCGGCGGCGGCAGCAUGGCGGAGGCGGAGGCGCCGCGGGUGGGCGCGUGGCUGCCGGUGCUGGUGGAGCAGGUGGUGAACGACACGCUGGUGGUGACGCUGCGCUGCGGAGAGCGUCGCUUCGCCGGCGUGCUGCUGGACUGCAGCAAGAAGUCCGGGCUGUUCUGCCAGCCAUCGUCCCUCCCGAAGCCCGAGGAGCCUCCUGCCGCUGCCUGUGUUCCUGCUGCCAGGGACCCCACGCCUGGUGAGACGCAGCCGCAGCCCGGGGACGACCAGGUGCCGCCGCUGCUGCCCGCGCCGCCCGGCAGCCUGCCGCCCUACCCGCCCUACUUCGAGGGCGCCCCAUUCCCGCGCCCGCUGUGGCUGCGGCACACCUACAGCCAGUGGGUUCCGCAGCCGCCGCCGCGGGCCAUUAAGAGGACACGGCGGCGUUUGUCGCGGAACAGAGACCCGGGACGGCUGAUCAUGAGCACCAUCAGGCUGCGGCCCAGGCAGGUGCUCUGUGAGAAGUGCAAAAAUACCCUGAACCCCGAGGAUGAGAACGCGGCGGGGCAGAACGCUAAAACGAGGAGGAAGCUGAGCAUCCAGGACAAGGAGCAGAAAAAGCACAGCGACUCCGAGUGCCUGGAGAAAAGGAACAAAAGGGAGAAGAGAGAGGAUGACAGGUUUGCCGGGGAGCUGGUGCAUCGAACACCGGUCAUCAAAAUAUCCUACAGCACGCCGCAGGGGAAAGGUGAGGUGGUGAAGAUCCCCUCCCGGGUGCACGGCUCAGUGAAACCGUUCUGUCCUGAACGGCUGUUGCAGAACGGGGAGGAGGACCAAGGGGAGGUCGGGGAUGCUGAGCAGUGUCGAGAGCCCAAGUGCUGCGCGGACAAGGCAGCGGGCGGCCAGCUUGCUUCCAUCCCCAAACUGAAGCUGACGCGGCCGGCGCAUCCCAGUGCGGAUGCCCCACCUCCGAAGAUACGGCUGAAGCCCCAUCGCAUCAACGACGGUCAGAGUGUUUCUAUCUAUAAGGCAGAACUUAUCGAUGAGAUAAACGUCCUUCAGGACAGCAGGGAGGCGAAUCCCGGUGCGUUUUACACCAGUGAGCCGACAGACAGAGGUUUGGCUGAGAUCUCUUCAGGGAGUUCGGGUGAAGAUGAUGACUUUAAAAGGUUUCCCCAAGGCAAAGACGGACACGACAACCUGGCCUUCCUUAUGAAUUACCGGAAGAGAAAAGCAGAUUCCUCUAGCCUGUCGGUGUGUAGUAAUGACAGUCUGGACGAGUCCAAGUCUUCUAGUUCGGAGGUAACGUCACCAGAGAUGUGUGACUUUUUACCUGGUGAUGAUGCAUCCGUCUCUUCAUCUUCAAAAGAUGAGCGUAAAAUUGUGCCGCCACUGACAGUCCGGCUGCACACCCAGAGCGUGUCCAAGUGUGUCACUGAGGACGGAAGGACUGUGGCGGUGGGGGAUAUCGUGUGGGGUAAGAUCCAUGGGUUCCCGUGGUGGCCGGCACGCGUUUUGGACAUAAACCUCAGCCAGAAGGAAAAUGGGGAACCUUCAUGGCGAGAAGCCAAAGUUUCGUGGUUUGGCUCUCCGACGACUUCAUUCUUAUCUGUUUCAAAACUUUCUCCUUUCUCUGAGUUUUUCAAACUGAGAUUUAAUCGCAAGAAGAAAGGGAUGUAUCGGAAAGCUAUCACAGAGGCUGCAAAGGCGGUGGAGCACCUGACUCCAGAAAUAAGAGAUCUCUUAACACAGUUUGAAACAUAACUGUGCCCCCCGUAUCAGGUCUCCAGGAGCUCUCUGUUGGACACAGGUGGAGCCCAGGCUGCGAGAAGCAGGUCGGCUUUGUGGAUGCCUUUGUGGCCCGUUGACCUGGGCUGUGGCUGUGAAUCCCAACUGAAAUCCAGAAACUUCUCAUUUCUUGGGUAAAAGCUCUUCUGAUAUGAGUGAUCACCGCUGAGGGGAACCUCAGGCUGCCCUGCGCUCCCCAUCCUCAGAUGCCAUUAUUUUACCAUACAAGUGCCAAAGAGCAACUAUUAAUUAUUGAAUUAUGCUUUAGGAGAGGCAUUAGGGAAUGUGAUUCCUGUCUUGCCUUUCAGGCUGAGGAAUAAUUGCUCUACCAGUAGGCACUCCCCCAGGAUUCUCCUGUGCGUUUCCAUUAGCUGCAGCUGCAGGACAAUCACCAGCUCCACGGGAGCUCCAUUCCCCACCCGCUGUCACUGCAGGGGCUCUGGCCCGGCUGUAUGGGACCCGGAGGUACCUCCAGUGGGACCGUGGUCAUUGUGCCACGGAAACAUGAGCUUGUCCCAUACAGCACCGCUGUGUGUCCUGCUGGGAAAUUAAUCAGUGACCUCAAUAUGCAACUCAGGAUGAAUCACAGCUACUGACAGAGGCGUCUCCAUGCCGCCGUGACUCUGGGAGAAGCGUGUCCCUGUGCUCAGACCAGGCAAUGCACAGAGACAGCCAACGUGGCGCAGAGCUGAGCUCAGGAGUCUUUUCCAACCUGAAGGAUUCUGUGAUUCCAGUUAAGGUUUACCAAAAGUAUUUACUGUCAUAUCCAUAAAGUGCCUCAGCUGCACAGCCCGCAGCACCCUGACAGUGACUGUGUGACAGUGACUGUGUGACAGUGACUGUGUGACAGUGACUGUGUGUGGCAGUGGCUGUGUGCUCUCUGCCUCACGUUGAGUUCGGUUGCCACUCAAGGUGCCAUUUCACAAAGCGGAUUUCCACACUGAAAAAUGCAAAUUUCAUUUCUUGUGGAAGACAGCUAAUGAAUGCUCCUCAGCAGUUACCCUCAUUAAUAGCUCUAUAAUUCUCUAAUGAAUAUUUAUGAGUGGUUAGCUGGAAGCAACCUACCUUGGUGCGUACAGACAUAUUUUGUAUGGAUUGUGUUUGAAAUUAAAAUAAUGGUAAUUCUUUUGGUGGAGAGUGCAGUGAAACAGUGGAGCAGAAUGCAAAUAGCCACAGGUGCAGCAUUUCUUUUCAUCGAUGGCAGCUCUGUGUUAUUCAGAGGCUCUUGCCAGGAGAGGUGUGCUCAAGGUGCUCUGGGUAUCCCGCAUGGAGCCCACACAGCCCUGCAGCAUGGCGUUCAAAGGGCUAUAUCCUGCAUGUAUCUAGCAGACUGUGGCAAUCUCCUUGUUAGUACUACAGUCAUAUAUCAUAAGAGCUUUGAUUCCCAUCUGCUUCUCUUUGUAUGUGCAUAGACUGCAGUGAUGGUUUCUGACCAGCCACAGAAAAAAAAGCAAGGAAACAUCAUGUCCUGCUUGUGCACUGACACACGUGGCAGGCUGCAGCAGAGCACAGUGCACACAUCCCCGUGUCCAGCAGCACUGCACCAUGUCCCCUCUCCACGCACAGCAGUAGCACAGUGCAGGAGCUGCUUGUCCUGCUGCAGGUAUUGCCUGGCUGCUGUAGGGCUGCUCACCCUGCAAAGCUUCCUUAUGAGCCUGGUGCUAAAUUUAUUUGGUGCUUCACGUCUGUUCUUAUGGAGGCAACCAUCAUUCUUUGCAUAACCAAACCUGUGACGAUAGCUCCAAAAUGCGAAACACCAACAAAGAGAAGCUCCUCCCUGUGGGACAUAUGUGCUGCCCAGCUGUUUGCAGAGAUCAGAACUGUGUGCCACCACAAGUCAAGAUCCUGAGCCAGCGACAGGCGAGCGGGAUCUGGGCCAAAGCAAUAAGGCGUAUCACUGUGCAGGGAUGCACCCAGCCUCUGGAUGGACGGACAGUGAACUCCCAGCAUACACAGUGGAGAGCUUCCCCCAUCCACACUGAGUCAGGAAAAAGGAACAGCUAUCCCACUGCACACCAGUUUUCUUGUUCCUUCUGCAUUUGAGUGUAAAGAAAGCAAAUAGAGUGUUUGAGAAGAGAACCAUCAAAUACAUGUAGUGCUGCUUGGUGAAAGGCAGCAAGGUAAGCACGUCUGGGGAAGGCUCUAAGUUCUGUCCCUGGUAUUUCAUAAAGUGGUAUAAAAGCUUACCUGAGGGUUGUCAUCACCUUGCCAUGUGAGCCCAGAGGGUGGGAGGGAGCUGGGAGCAGGGAAGUGGGGAGAAACCAGAUAUAAGGCCCUGGGAGCGAUGGGGGUGCCUGUGGGAGGACAGAGCCAUGCACAGCUGACAUGAGUGGGUGUGGGGUGUGACACUGGUGGGUACCUGGCAAUGGGUGUGACAUCGUAUGGCACCUCCAAAGGUGCCCAUACCAAAGGGUAUUCUUUAUCCUUUGGGACUUGGCAAUACGGCGCUUUGUAAGUGAAAAGCCACUGUCUGCAACAAGUGCUGCAGUUUCCGGUCAUUGCCUGGUAUUAAUCUCCAUCAUGAGAUGUUCCCAAUCAGUACAAAUUAAGUUUCCCACAGCAGUUGAUCAGCCAGAGCCCAGCAGGGCUGCUGCUGGAUUUCUGAUGGCGUUCACUCUGGCAGCACCACCCAUUCCCUGCAGCUGCUUUUUGCACACAGGAUGCAGAGGAGAGCCGUGGGGUUGCUGCUCUCCAGACGCAGACAGCGCACCGUGUGAGUAAUGCGUUACCUCUCGUUCAGCUCCUGCAUAGUCCCCACUGUAGUCAGUAGCACCAUUUCUCCCUGAAAUAAUUUCAGCUGGAGGGUGCAGCUUUCCCUAAAUUGUGCUUCUGAAAUGGUAUUUUGAAAUGAAAGACUUAAAAUUGGUAUUUGAAUUUGAGACUGAAUUUGAUUACCAGGGUAGCUCCUUAGCUGGAUUUUGAGCUCAGGCCUUGUGAAGCUGCUCAGCGCCCCGGCUUCUCACCUGACUUUGCAUAAACCAAAUGCCAAAUUAAUAACAUUUCCCACAGCAAAUUCCACUGUCCGUCUGCACUGAUUCCCCCUCGCCAUGCUGACGCCCAAGGCAGCUCACCGUGUGCCAGUGAAGAAAAUACUGGCAACCCUUCAGGGCAGGAGCAGGCACGGAGCAGGAGCAGCAGCAGGCAGGCAAGGGACUGAUCCGUGAGCACCGUGUAUGCCCUAUAUCUCAGUGCAAGGAGAGGCAUUUUCUCUCUUUUCUUCCUUCUAAAGCAUUUCAGAACAUACAGGGGACUGCACUACAGACUGACCUGUAGAACCACAGCACAUCCCUGGCGGAGGGGAGCCCGCCAUCCCAGCUGCCAUGGGAGGACAUGCCAGGGGCUCACCCAGCCUUUGUCCUUCGCGCCAUGAAAUCCUCUGGCACUGGGGACACACACCCAGGGCAGCUGUGCAGGGCUGAUGGCUCUCCCUGGGAAAUAUUUCCUCCUGGUGGCAAGAAGAAACUUUUGCUGGUGCCACUGCCCUGUGUCCUCUGUGUGGAUCCUGGUGUCAGGGCUUGACAAGAGUUCAUCUGUGGCUUGGCUAAUGUGCAGAGCAUAGUCUGACUGGCUCUGCUCAGUGCUGUGCUAACACUGCAAAAGGAACUUGAGCCCUCCUUGGAAUAUGAGCAAGUUUAUUAAAGUCAGCAGUGCAACGGGAAAGUAUGGAUUGCAUUUUAUGUGGACUGAGCUCACCUCAGCGUGUUACAAAAAGGUAAGGAAUGGCUUCUGCAGUUGCAUUAGUUAAAAGCAUAAUAACAACUGUGCAUCUUCCUGCUUUGGGUCAGUAGCUGCCCCUGAGCCUGAGCUGGGGAUCCCUCACCUGGAAGGGGCGGAUGAGGAGUUCAGCUGAGAUGCAGUGGUACACUGUGUGAUAAAGUCCCUGUAAAAGUGAGUUCAUAAUGCCCUGCAGCACUUGGCAGACAGCAGCACUGCAUCUGCAGCACAGCCGCUCUGGGCCAUGCAAGUGUCCCCUGCAGCCACUGCAGCACAGAGGUGACCCACACCCAGCACGCAGCCGUUCUGCUGCCAAGUGGUCUUUGUCUGUCUGCUGUGUGUGCUUAUUCCAGGGGGACUGCUUCCUGUGCUGUGCAGACAGGAGGAUUUCCUUGUUGAAAUGUCACCAUAAUAAACAGCUGCAUAAUAUUUAUGGUAGGUUUGCUGCACUUUAACUCUUGUAUGUAUGGCCUUUCUGACUUCUGAUGGCUCAGUCAGGAGCUGAUGCAGUGUCAGUGCUGAGCUGCAGCUGCUGCAGUGCUGAGGUGGCCCUGGCUGCACAGCUUCUGGCUGUGAUGUAACCCUUGCUGGGGGCUGCAGAUCACAGAAUCACAGAACUGUAGGGGCUGGAAGGGACCUCCAGAGGUCAUGGAGUCCAACCCCCCCUGCAAAGCAGGCCCCAAACUGGGCCCCUAAACUAGGAUGCCUGUUGUGCCAUGGCCCAGGUGCGGUGUUUCAGUGCAGACUUUUUCCUUCGAGGUGGGGCACUGCUCUGGUGAGGGCUGGGGCAGCUGUAUGCUGGUGUGAGGAGAAGGAGAAGGAGGAGGAGAGGAAGAGGAACCUGAAUGGCACAGAUAAGCCUCGAUGUCCUUGCCCAGCCCAGCUGCCCUGCCCUGCUCCCGCACCCCCUUGCUCAAGGCCAGGGCCAGUUUCAUUCCAUCCCAGUGGUGCUGCAGGAUCCCCAUCACACCCCAUGCCUGCCGCAGGUGUGCCUGACCCAACCCAGCAAUGCCCAUGUCACAGGAGGCUGCUGCCAGGCACUGCCUGCAGCCAGCAUCACCCAGGCACAGCAUGCAGUGCCCUGCCAAACUGUGGCCUUGCAGCCGCUGCCCCAUCCUCCAUCAGCACGGCUCAGUGUGCCCAGGCUGGCUGUGCUGUUACCGUGCUCACAGUUAUGGGCAUCAAGGUGGGCAGGCUGCACUGUGGACAGUGAGCGCUGGCUUUGCAAUGCAGGACACCUGCCUGGUGAACCCACCUGCUCUAACUCUCUACAUCUGUCUCUAAGUGCUUUCAGAGAACCAAACUGCAGGAGGUAAUGCUGCCAGCAGAUUCUGUUUUCCCUGUCAUUGGGUUAACUGAGGAACAAAGACAAGAGUAAAAAUACCAGCUCUGAAAACCAUGGGGUGCAGGAGCUCUGUGCUAGAAAAAUUUCCUUUCACCUUCAGGAGGGGUGAUGGCAUCGAGCACCCUUUGUGGCGAUCCUAAGGGCGGCCAGGCUCAGCGUGUCUCUGGUUGCAAGCAGGGAAGGCUUCCAGCCAUGCAUCCCAGCAGAGCCCCAGUGACCGAGGGCAGCUCUUCCAGCAAGGCUCAGCUCCCACUUCUGGAGCGUGCGUUUGUUCUGUGCUCAGGAUGGAGCGCUUACCUGAGAGCUCCACCACUGAUGAGUGAGUUUAUAACGUGGAGGGGACCUACUGCUGCACCUCCUCUGUCUGCCUUGUUUGUUAAUGUCCUGAAUCUCCUCAUGAAUGGCUGCGCUGAUUUCUGCAGUUGCUUAAUAAAACCAAACUACUUCCCAAAAGGAGGAGUGCAGGUAGGCAGGCUGCUGGGAUCUGAGCAGGUAGGCUUUGGCAGACACGUGGCAGCUUUUGCAGAUAAGUUCAUUGCACUUCACUUCAUGUUUCUGUGUGUUUCUGAUUAUUUUUUUUUUCUUUUUGCAGAAAUACUGAAUUUAUCUAAUUAAUAUUUUUUUGAGCCCCAGCAAUGCAUUUGUCAUGGUUCAUAGUACCCCUGCUCUGUGUCAGUUCCUCCAAGUACAAAGGAAUCCCUCUGCAUCCUGUUGGCUUUCCCUGCUCUGCAGACCUAAAACCCUUGGAGAACGUCAGAGAACAGCCCUGCUGCAUUGGAGAUUGGCACAGGACAGUGCUGUGCACAUGGAGGCCAGGUGGGAGAUCUGGCUCACUGAGUGCAGGACUCUGAGGAACUGGUAACUGAUGCACAAAGCUGCGUCCUGGGCGUUGUGCCACCUCACAGCAUGACACGGUGAUACACGGUCGCCAACGUCCCCUGGGGUGGGUGAGCACAGCUCCAGAGCUCCUCGUCCUCAUCUCCUUCAAGUCUGAGACUGUUGCAGUGGGUGGAUUCGCUGACAGAACUGAGCCAUCUGGCAGACCCUGCCUGCUCCGCUCUGUUAAUGGCCCUGGGAUGUGGGCAGGACACGGGCUGAGCGGUAAGGAGCCCUGCUGUGCUGUGCGUGCUGCCUACCACGAAGCUGUGUUGAGCAGUGCCAGGAGCACAGGAAACAGGCAGCUGUUCCCUGCCCACCACGUACAGCACUGCCAUCCCUGCGCGGGGUCAGGGUGCUGCGCGCCACCGCUUGCUGUGCUGCAAUAAGCGCUUACUGCAGCAGUGCUGGGGCUGAAGCGCUGCUGUCUGUGCACCAUAGAGAACAAAUCAGAACGUGCUGACAAACUGGAACACCCUGGAUGGGAGGAUUCUGGCCUGUUUCCCAGCAAGUGGCUGAGUGCCCCCGUGCAGCUCCUGGGAACAAACAGCCCCGCUCACAUCACAGCUCACAGACACCAGGUGUCAGCUCCCCUUGCUGACAGUAACCAUCACCGGACAAAAGAGAUCCCGCAUUUCAGGGCUGCCUUCCUAAGGCGCGGGCUGGCACUACCAGCACGUAACCCCAGUUCUUACUGUGGCAAACUGCAGCUGCCUGAGGGUGAGAGCCCUCGCAGGGCAGCUCUCAUGAGGACUUGGGGGUGCUUUGGAGAAAAAAAUCAAAGAAUGGCUGUGGGUAAAUAAGGGCUCUUAUUUCAUCUACUGGAUUCUGUGAAGAGAGUCGGGGAACUACACCAGGCUGUCGGCUGUACUUUCAAAGUGGUGCAAGGAGCCCUGCUUUGCUGCAUUUUCUUACAGAGGCCGGCUGUUGGAGGAUUUCAUCCCUGGUGGGAAGAUCUGCAGAGGAAGAAGUCACGUCACUGCACUCCCUGCAGCACUUGUCAUGCAGGGGGUGGGCACGGUCAGCCCUCGCGAUGAAAGCCCACAUCAGAACGUGCUGCCUCUGCAUUUUGGCACUGCAGGAUGCUCCGUAUAUAAGCUGUCACUGUCAUGAAAUGCAUUCCCACCUGUUUCAGUCCCAGCAGCCCCAUUGCAGCCAUGAGCUGGGCCCACUGACCGGCCCCGGUGCUGCGGGAGCUGCCGACAGCAGACACCUCCAGGAUGAGCACAGUAACUCCCAGGGAUGUGAGUGCAGGGCAGCCCCAGCCCGGGGUCAGAUGAGGCCAGCAGGGCAGCUGCCUGCCGCCUCAGCCCCCCCUCACCCCGUGCCCCCCAGAGCCCCACGCUGUGUUUUUCCCAGGGCAGUCCAUCACUGCCUUUGGGCCUGAACUUAUUGCUGCUUGCAGGCAUACAGGUGAAUCACAGCCGGGCAGACAAAGCCCACGCCAAUUUUGCUGCCACCUGGUGCACUGCUAUGCUAAUCAUUGACCAUUAUAAAUCCUUCUUUAUGAGAUUCCAAGCAAUUACAUUUCCUGCUCUAAAAACACACCAGGAAGGUAAGGAGCUCAAAGGUAAGCAAUCUUAUUUAAUCUGGAGUUCAUGCUGUUCAUUUACAAGAAAGCUGCUUGCUGUGGAUAUUAAAGCAUUAAGGUGCAGCUGCAGAAUGAAGUUCUUAAACGAGGUAACGUGGCUGCUCCACAUACGGAGCGCAGCCUGCGGCCAUCGGUGGGUUUCUCAUUGGUUUGUAAAGGUCUGUGCACGUGCAAAUUGGAACGUGUGCACCUGUGCCAUGAGAGCACAGAGAGCCACGUAACCCCGAACGGCAGCAACAGGAAUUUAGAGGAGUUUUUUCGGAACAAACUGAAAUCUUUCAUGACUGUUCCUGGGCACCGAAUGGGAUCAAGGUCAGAGCUGCAGCUGCUGUUCUGCAGCUGGUAAUCAGGAUGGAUUCCGAAGAAACGCACCGGUUAAGAAAUCACGGUGUUUCAGGUGCGUUUGUGCUCCGGGAUCACAGCUCAGCAGCACUCCAGGUCAGCCGUAGGAGCACCGCACUCAGACGCCGCAGCACCCGCAGCCCCGCCCCGCGCAGCCCCGCGCAGCCCCGCCCCGCCCUCGGGCGCCCCCUGCUGGCCAUCAGGAGCCGCGCGCCGCGCAGGGCCCUCUGCCGGCAGAGAAGCGCCGUCUCGCGGAAGAUGAGCGGUUGGUGCUCAGAGCCGCGGGGCGCGACUCAGCGCUGCACGUCUCGUCUGCUGCCUUCAAACAGAGCUCUCUGCUGUCGCUCUGGCCGUUACCGACCCGUGGCUCUCUAGAGGAAUAGGGACUGACUGUUCUUCGGUGAGAAACCUGCCAGAAAGACGAACUUAAACUGAGACGAUGUGUGUUUUUAAAAGCAGUCAUCCCUCCCUCCGACAGUUCUCAGUGUGCAAAUGACUGCAUUGGAUGGAAAAAAUCGUGCAGGGACUCCCGGAAGGAGCAGCUCAGUGGCACAAAGCACUGCAGCGAUGCGCUGUGCCGGGUGAGUGCAAACAUGGCUCACGGCGCUACGUUUUAAUGAGCCGGGACAAAUACUGAAGAUCUUUGAAAAGCACAGAGGAAUGUGUACACAGAGGGAAGACGUGCUAUUUAGAUAGGCACACCCUGACCUUUGCAGGCACUGCCCGGCCAGCUGGGCUCCCGCAGCCACGGGGCCACGGGAGGUGCUGGGCCUGCAGCCGGGCUGGGGCUGCAGGGGGUGGGGAUGCUGGCAAGUUUGCCCUCUUACAUACGGGUUGUAAUUGCCGAGCUGCGGGAUGGUGGUGAAAUUCAGGCAGGAAGUGCAGGGUUUCCUUGGGCCUGCAGUGCUGGCAGGAAGCAGUGGCUGAGCGGUCGCUGCUGCGGGGCGCACAGCUCUGAGAAGCGCGUGUGCCGGCGGGGGUGGCAGCGUGGCUUCACUGCGAGGUCCCAGAGCUGAACGAAAGCUGCUGAGAUACAAAGAGAGUUGGCAAUAUAAGGAAAUGGCGGCUGCAAUGGAGCACACUGCUGGAAAGCAAGACACAACAUUGUAUUUCUGGAGUUUGAAUGAUGUCAAUGUAUUUACUGAGAAGGAGGUGAGAUCAAUCUGCUGAGAUGCAAGGAAAAUGGGGGAAAUUCACUUCCUUUUCUUUUGCUCGGAGUGUUUGCAGAGCUGCAGUGCUCCGGGCUCACAACAGCCACAGCACCACCCUCGUGCUACCCCAGACGUUUACCCGGACUGCUGCUGCCUCUUUAAGAGGAAGAAUGAACACAGUUUUAAAUGCAUUCUCUCUGCAUUUCAGAACGGCCUGCGCUUUGCCCACCCCCACUCCAGCACACGCAGGCUCCUGCAGGUUUGGGAACGGCACAUCAGUUCAUUGCUGUUGCAGUGUUGCAAUGCCUAAAGCCCUUCACAAAGCAAAGCUCCCAGUGCCUUUGCUGCCUGUUUGGAUACCUCCAUUUCCAGCUGCUGGUGACAUGUUUCCCAUGGGCUGCUCAGACAGGAGCUGCCUCUCAGUGUGAGGAGCUCUGUGCAGCUGGUAGGUGCUGCCCAGACAUGCAGCGAGCCACUGCAAUGCUGGGGCACAGCAGCAGAGCACUGCUUUUCUCCACUGCAGUCAGCUCAAGAAUGCUGAGGGCAGCAAAUGUCCUCCUGCCUAAAUACCCAGGAGGGAGCUGUUAUCAGCGAGGGGCAGAAGGUGAAGCUCUGGGCUCUGGUGGCAUCCCGAGAGGUGCCAGCCGCUCUGCCAGCACUUCCCCCAGCGUGGGGUGGCCCCACAGAGAUGUGGCAGCACUCCAUGGUGUGGAGGAAAGGUUGGCCUGGGGAGGUCCACUGGCAGCAAUAGCAUGUUCAUCACUCAGCAGGUUUUAAUCACUGUUGGCAUGUUGUGCUGAAGACCAAAGCUAAUGAAGUCUCCAUACACACACAGGACAUGAAGUGCCCCAGACCCAAGCACUGUGUGGGGAUGCAGGUGCUGCCGACCUCUGCACUGCUCCCACUGCUUUCCCAGAGCACAGGGUGGCAGUGAGCAGCGUCACUGAAAUGCCGAGACGGGAAGCAGUGGCUGCAGCUCUGCCUGCUGCUCUGUGCGUUUGCCAUGCAAAACUCCACCAAAGCUUCUGGAGGCUGCGUGCAGUCCGGAGCAGUUUCUGGAACCAGAGGCAAAGUGUAUUUCAUGCUGCCGUGUCUUCAACCACCAUUAUUUGCUCAGGUCUGUGAAGCAGGAGCAGCAGCACACCUCUCAGGGGACCUCCUUGUUUUCCUCUCCAGGCAUAAGUCUGGCAGCCACAAGGCAGCACAGAGAAUUAAAAAUGGACUUCUGCAGGAGGAUGAGAGGCUGCGAGCCUGCUGAUUAUACCUCUGUCUGCAAGCUCACCUGCAGCCUGGAGGCAGACGACGCUGUAUGCCUGAGGACAGGCACCUCCUGCUGUACUGCCCCUGCUCUGCUCACACACCACAGCUCAGGCUCCAAUAGGUGCGUCCUCUUUGGGGAAACAGAAAUGUACUUCAAAACUUUAAAUCCGUGGCUGCUUGUGCUACUGGGAUCGCUGCUGGGAGGGAGGUUCCCCCACUGCACGAGUCCAUUCCUCCACCUGAACGGCACAGCAGCCCUUUUCUGCUCACUGUAAUUUUGAUUUUAAAAGCAUAAAAGCAUGUGCAUUAUCUUCCAUUCCCAUGCCACACAGAGCUGCAGAGUGUGAAUGAAAUCCCAUGUCAGAUGAAAAUGGGAAACGUAGCCACAUGCUUACAUAUGAUUCUGUGUUAGGAGGUUGGGACUUUGGCAGGACGUGUUCAGCUCUGCUGACAGGUUUGUGUGUGCUCAGUGGGACUCCCACUGGGUUCUCAGGAGCUCUGCAGCCCCGUGUGCAGCACUGCUGGUGCCCGGCUGCCAUCCUGGACGAGCACUGUUUUCCAGAUUUGACUCUUCUUUAUUGUGUGCAAACUGAAGUCCAUUUGCACCCUCUCCAGUGGCCCUGCAGCUGCCAACGUUACCUCAGACACCUCCAGAACAUCUUCUGUGGAAGCUGGUGUUAAGUGAUGUUGGACACACCUCUGCAGGAGCAGCAUUUUCCUCCUGCGUUGUGUGGCACAUUGUGGCACGCAUGCAGAUGCGGGUGGAUGGGAUCCCUGUAACACCACAGGUAAUGCAAAAGUUGUAAAUGGUCCGUGAUAGGAGCGUGCUGCACCACGCUGCUCGGGAAGGUCUGCCAGGAAGGUCUGCUUAAACAGAGCUGUAAUUUGUUGAAAUAACACUGCCCAUCAGAGACCAAUAUAGCAGGUUAACUAUAGCAGGAAGGCUGGGAUUCUGGCUGGCGAUGGAGCAUGAACAGCCUGCCCACAGGUGGAAGCAGCCAGCAUGUUCCUCAGUGCUUCUGCCAAACUAAAUGAGCAGCAGUGGUGAGAAACACAAUCUCCUCGGGGGAGGAAGCAGGAGAUGUGCUCCCAUUGCUCAGCAGAUUUGAAAGAGCAGCAGAGAUCAGUGCUGGCUCUCCUGUCACACUGUACGUCAUUGCUUGCCCGUGGUUCAAGGACCUGGAGCUUUUUUGAGAGCUCUGCGUAUGAUGAAAGUCUUCCCCACACAAACAGCUCAAUCUCACAUAGAACUAUCCAGCAUUAUCGCGUUGGGCUUGGGACUCACAGGACCUGAGCUCACGUGUUUUGCCAACAACCCCCUCUGUAGUUUUAGGUUCCUCGCUUAUGUUGUUACCUGUUGCCCACCCAUGGAAUUGCAGAAGGUGUUUCCCAGCCCUGCGCCCUGCCUCCAGCAGCAGGGAGGGUUGCUGCAUGCGGUGGCUGUGAGCUGGGGGGUCGGGAUGCAUUCACAGUGCACUUCUGUAGCACAGUGCCAAAGCCCAACAUCUGCUUCCCAGUGACUUUUUCCACUCACAACCUUGUUAUUUCUCAUCUGUGAUUACAAAACUCGGGUGUUUACCAGCACCACGUGCUCAAAAAGACAUGGAUCUGCAUUUUUCAGAUUCCUUCUGUGAAAUACAACCCUGUUUCCAGACAGGAUGUAGUGUUGGCAGAAGUGCAGAUUUCUCACAUGAGGAACAGAGCCUGAAGGUUUCAGGGCUGCUGUGCUGCACUGUGGAUGCAAAGCACCACACACUGGCAGAGCUUUGCAUGCUGCUGGGGAAUGGAGACCCACAGAGCCCAUGGAUAACCUGAUCCCGAGUCAGGUAAUGCUUCCUGGGGCAACACUUCCACAGCUGUGAUGAGAUAUAUGUACGGCUUCAUAUAUAUAGCACUGUAAGCUUCCACUGUGAUUUAUUGGCAAGCGCGAAUAAAUCUGUUUCUUUGGCUGCAGGAGCACACAGGGGGGACGGAGAGGCUGUAAAAGUAACUCCUGUGCAGCCCGAUCCCAUGCAGUGAAUUCUCACAGCCCACACGGAGCUGUUUCCCAGUGACUUCUGUGCAGCCACGGGCAGCCAACAAGUUGCUGCACAGCACUGCGUGCUGCUAUACACCGCUGCGUGCUGCUGCAUGCCACAACAUGAUGCUGCACACUGCUGCAUGCCUCUGCUACACCGCUGCACGCCGCUGCACACUGCCACAUGGCUUCAGAACCAGGAACCAGCUGAAGAGCUCACAGCAGGACUGAAAAGCCAUGCUGGGCCACAGUGUGCAGGACUGAGCCCCCACAGACCGCGUUUCAUUGACUCACAUGGUAACAUUUUUCUCUUUAGCAUUUCCAGUAACAUUGCAACACAUUUCACAGAAUGCUCUAUUUAAGGUCAUACCCUUGGCCGUUUGCUACUAAAACCUCACAAUUGUAAUUUUCCAGUACUAAGAACAAAGCGACUGGGAAUGGCUGUGAUGCAGGCAGGGAAAGGGUUGGGAGGCCGCAGGUGCUUACAUGGAGAGGUGCCAUUCCAAGCACAGGGAAGCAGUCGGCGGCAGAGCACACCAGGCAGAACGUGCUGGUACCUGAGCAGGACACUGCCAGUGCAUAAAGAAAACUCCGGAGAAUGUUUCCACGUUGGGAUGUAACUCUGAAUGGAAAAGGUCUUCCAGAAGUUGGCUCCAGACCCUCAUCCUCGGUCGGUGGAGUCACCGAGCCUGGUGGUGUUCAAAGAGCGUUUGGACGUUGUGUUGAGGGACGUGGUUUAGUGAGAACCAUUGGUGAAGGGCGAAUGGUUGGACUGCGUGAUCCUGUGGGUCUUUUCCAACCUUAGCAAUUCUAUGAUUCUAUGAUUCUAUGAGCCUUCUUCAGGUGCUGUAAUACAGUUUUAGGAGGUUCCUGGGCAAAGUGCUAACAAUGGAAUACCGGCACUGUGCAAUUCCAGUGGAGCCGUUCAGCCCAUCCCCGCUCAUCCGCAGCCCCCACUGCUGCACAGAUCCGUUCCUGGGAGGCACUGCUGGCACUCGCAGUGCGUGGCUCUGCUGGCCCCGCUCGGCUCCUCUCACUGCAGCCCCAAAACUGCUCUAUCCACCGCGGGCUUUAACUUCCAUCAGCAUAUCAACCUGAUUUCUGCUAAUAGGAAAAUGAAAUGUGUCUUUCUGUCUCCAUUUUGCAAAAGAUAAAGAACUAAGAGUGUGCGUGACAUGACAGAACCUCAAUCUGACCUUCUCCUUGGGCAUUAUUAAUAGUAAAUGCAUAUCGGGUGGUUUCACAACGACCUUGAGAGCGAGUGACACAUCUCACCUGCUGGGGCGCAGUUCCCCAGGCAUUUUGGAAAAGGAAAUCCUUAUUUCUAUUAACUUAUGGGGAAAAUGGAAGCACUGCGGUGUCCAUGCAGAGGUUUUUCCAGUGUCCCAAAACGCCCAACGCAGAAAUGCCCGCGGGUUUUGGGGGCUUACCUGUAAGCACUGUAUUUACUGUGGGCUAAUGAAGAAGAAAUAAAAUUCAACUUCAACCUCCUUCCAAUUUGCAAGUUAUGAAAAAUGCUUCUAGAAGGGAGCUAAUAAAUGUGAUGGAUGUGC